UCACCGCUCGAUUUAAAUAAACUCAAGAAAAGACCAUCGCAAGUUUCAGAACGACCCAAGAAAAAAGUAGAUAGGUUUGAUGGACUAUCCGAAGAAGAAGUACAAAAGUAUACAUUGGAAGAUUAUCUGGAGAUGAAUUUGGAUAUAGUAUUUGUUGGAAUUAAUCCAAGUCUAACGGCAGCGCAUCGGGGUAGAUAUUAUGCAGGUCCUGGCAAUCACUUUUACAAGCUUUUGCACGAAUCUGGCCUAACACCAAGAUUUGUCAGCUUUGAAGAAGACUAUAAGCUUUUGCAAUACAGUAUUGGCUUGACAAAUAUUGUAGCACGUCCUACUAGAUCUGCUGCAGACCUCAAACGAACGGAACUGAAAGAAGGAGCAAAGAUAGUGGAAGAGAAAUUAAAAUUAUACAAGCCUAAAAUUGCAGUAUUUAAUGGUAAAUGUAUUUAUGAAGUAUUUGCUCAUAUUACCACUAAAUCCAAAUUUCAUUUUGGAUUACAACCUGAAUGCAUUGGUGAUACUGCAAUUUGGGUGACACCAUCAAGCAGCGCACGAUGUGCUAAUUUUCCAAGAAUGGUGGACAAAUUACAUUUUUAUACAGCAUUGAAAAAAUAUUUACAUUUUUUAAAAGGAGAGCUUUCAAAUAUUGAUGUGAAAGAAUUAUGUUUUGAGGGAUGUAAACAGUUUAUACCCAGCACUUCCAAAAUGUGGCGACGAAAAAACAUUUCUACUUUUUUGCAUGGAGGUAGAGUUGUUAACAAAAAUACGCUUUGUCUGGAUACAUCGGAGGAAGAUAUUCCUCCAAUUUUUACAGCUGAAUUUGUAAUAAAAAAAUCUAAUCAUCAAAGAUAUAAUAAAGAUAAAGAUAUAUCUUUCAAUGAGGAAAUGUUUAGUCAAAAUAUUGAAAACCAAAUAUUAUUUAAUGAAACUGAAAGAGAAAGUGAAAGAAAUACGAAAGAAACGGAAAAACUUGUAGUUUUUGGAAAUAUCAACGAUGAAAUAAUUGUCAACAGAUCAGAGACUGAGGAAAUUUCUAAUACUGAUAAUAAAGAAAUAAAAAAUCCUAAUAUUGUAAUUAACAAUAUCAUAAAUCGUGAAAAUAAUGUGGUAAAUUUAAAAGACGGCAGGAAAUAUACAUCUUUAAGAAUUACUCGUAGGACUUUAGAACCCAAAAAUAAUUGGAAAAAUGAUAAAAGUGAUGUAGAUUUUAUGAAUUUAAUCAAACAAAGAUUAUCUCAAAAAAAUAGCAAUGACGAUUCUGUCUCUACUACUUCAAAAUCAAAAUCUAAAAAAUAAAAGAAAAUAAAAAAUGAAUAUGAAACAAAUA